AUGCCAGCUCUUUCCAGUAUUGCAGAGUCGUUGUCUGAAAGAGAGGAGGAUUUCUACGAAGUACUCCCAAUUGGCAGUGACGAUGAUGGAAAAAGGAUACAGGCUGAUGAAGUGGAUGAGAAUGAUGUAAACAGUUUGCAGAAUUCAAUCAUUGACUGGACAGAAGAUGAAACAUGGACCCCAUCUAAAGACACAGAAGAAGUUUCUACCUCAGAGGAGGAAACAAGAGAGGAAGACAGUGAGUCUGACGACAGUGACACGGACUACAUACCAACAAUACGAAUCAGACCUGGAGCUUCACUUGCCUACAAUAUUGAUGAGCUUCCUGUGGCCACUGCGGAGGACAUUGUGUAUGAUGGCAUAGGACAAGACCCUCACCUCCCACCUUGUGAUGAUCCGUCCAUACCAUGCAACAGCAUCAGAGUUGAAACCCCAGAGGACAUUGUAGGCCAGCAAGCUGCCAUUGUUUUGAAGGAUGAAAGAGUUGUUGCACUUGGAGAUGCUAGAAUGGACAGCCCUGGUUUUUCGGCCCAAUACUGCACAUACACUGUGAUGGACAAUGGCAGUAAAAAGAUUAUGAAUAUUGCCAAUAAAGACAAGCGAGAAGCCCAGGGACAUUCCACCAUAAUGGAAAAAUUUCUGCACUUUUCAGAACUGGAAUAUAUAAAGAUUCUGGAGUGGAGCAUAGCUUCGAUAUGUGGCAUGGUGCAAAGAACCUCGGGAAACGAAUACAUGCUUCUGGCCAACAGCGGGAUUGCAAAAUUCUGUUGCAGUGGAAGAAAGACAUAUGCAAUCAUUUCUGGUUUUGCUGCAAAGUAG